AUGAACGCGCUCGCACCGCAGCUCGUGUGUGUGAGUGCGCUGGCCGAUGAUCCUGGACCGGCGGCGGCGGCGGCGACGGCCGGCUCACCGGGCCCGGGUGGUCCACUCAAGCCACUGGACGACUACGUGCUCAACACGCAGUCCGAGUGCUACAAAUCGAAACGGUUGCUGUCCUGCUUCAAGUAUCGCUUCUCGCGUUACCUCUGGUCAUUUGCGACCGGACGGAUGAACUGGUUGGCGGCCGAGAACAGUGGCGUGGAGAGUGCGAACGGGUUGAAGCUGGUCCGGUUAGCGGAACCGAAGGAGGACGAUGUGUUCCCGGAGGCACGCCAGAUGAGCCCGUACGAUAGCGAGUUGGUGAAGGGAGCCAAGUUCCUGCAGCGGUCACUCAACACGUUCAUCGCCAGCCACGGGGUACAGGUCGGUGUGGGUGCGGACAGUGGUGCCCGUUUCCUGGCCGAUGACGAUUUUGAGGCACGAGGCAAAAAGAAGCGCAAGUGGAGCCUGAUCCUGCCGCUGGCCGUCAUGCUGAAGCUCGUUCACCUGAAGCUGCUGCUCAAACCGAUACUGCUCGGUGUCGGUUUGAUUCAGGUGCUGCUGAUUGGUGGUGGGCUGCUGCUGUUCUACUUCUUCCGCAACACCAACAUCUGCAAAAUCCAACCGCACGUCAUCCAUGCACACUCACACAUCAGCAGUGAGUCGAGUCCGGAGCUGACGUACGCGGCCUACGGUGGCUAUCCGUCCUACUCGGCCUCUCCGUACAAUGCGUACAGCAAGGAUUGGGCCAGCAAUCGGGCGUACAGUGGUUACAGCUUCCUCGAUGCCAUCGAUAAUCAUAAAAUCCAGCUUUAG